CAAACCUAUUUAUAGAUGUCGGAUGAAUCACCCAGAGCGAAAGCACAAUCCUGUUGCUAUGCAUCCAACAAACCAGCCUGAUGUUAGCAUCCCCCCAAGCCUCAGAAUAUACGUCUCUAGCCCACCCUGCGUACGUGGACAAGCUCACCUCCAAAUAUCCUGCAGCUCAACAGAUGAAAUCAGUUGGCUGAAAUUGCAAAGAAAAAGAAGAAGUGAUGUUUAUUAGUGCUAAAAGCUCUGAUUAUUAAAACAAUUGUAUCGCAAAUCAGCAUAUCAAUAGAUACUGUGAGAUAUGUUUGGCGUUUACUCUAGGUGGUGAUUUAAAGAUUCAACCUUCAAUUUAAUUCCACAAUCAUAAAAGCUCCAAGUAAUACCGUAUCCAGGCUCCCACGCAAUUAUCCUUGCUUCACAUACUCUGGAACUCUACACUCGUGCAAAGUAGGUGUAAGAUAUGCUGUUGUUGUAUCCUCUUUUACCAUGAACAAUUGGCACUUGGCAGGGACGCAGGUUUUCAAAUGGAUAUAAAGGUGAUACGAUACACCUUGACUACAUCACCAUUCCAGGAGCUACAAUGAAGGAACUUCACCAUGCCUUUUGCAUGGAAUAUGGCACAUUCAUAGGCCUGUGGAUGUUAUACUAGUAGCUGGUCUCAAUGACAUUUUUAACAAAUAUAUUGCGGACAAAAUCAUGAUUGACAUAAUAGAUUUCAACUGAACUGUUAACAACAUCUGUUUUAGUAACAAUAAUGUUCUUUGGAGCAGCUUUGCUGCCACCCCUCUCCCUCAUCCAAGCUAGCUACCUUCAAUGAUGAGAAAAGUAAACUGUAAAAGAACCACAUUGAUACUCCUAUAUCAAUCUCAACACCAAGAUUAGAGAGAUGAAUCAGUAUGAUAACCAUCCCAUCAUCCCAACCCAUCAUGAUCCAUGCUUCCUUACCUGUGGAGUGAAAAUCAAGAGACAUCCUAAGAUUAAUGGUCUUGUCAACUUCAAGGAGCACUUCGUCAAUCACCGGCUAGGUUCAUGGAGAGAGAGAGAAAACCUAGUGAUAUGCUACACCUAAGUGAUCAUUUAAGUUUAAGGGCAAAUCUGUUGUGGAAUACUUUCGAGAGAUAUACAAGAUCUAGGAUAGCUCUGCCAAAAGUAAGAACAAAGCACUGGCUGCCAAUCCCCCAAAAACCAAAUCUUCAGUUUGAUCUGAUACUGCAGACCAAUCAACUACUGAACUGCUGCAAUCCAAUCCAAUCUGAUGUACUCCAUGACAUUUCUAAGUAUCCGUAUGAUAUCCAGUCACUUUAUCCAGUUAUUCUCAGAAUCUUCUGAGCUGCAGGGCGAUAAGUCUGCUAUUAAUGCAAUAUCUCGUCAAGACAACCAACUCCCUCUUAUUUUUAGGGCACUAGUACAUUAGGAGCAGUCUUCCUGAUAAUAAAUGCUGCACUUGGAGCAGGACUUCUAGACUUUCCGCAACAGUUCCAUAAAGCAGAAGGACUUCUAGACGUGUCAAGGUUAUCGGGAGAUAAGGGAAAGGCGAAAGAGGUGGAGUCCUUUCAGCAGUUAUAGUUCAAGCUGUUCUUCUUCUUUUUAUAAUGAUUGCUCUAGUUAUACUCGCGUCAACUUCGAAUUUGAGAAAUUCAACCACUUUGCAAGGUGUAAUGCACACCGUUUGUGGAGUUUGGGGGGAGAGAAUUACAUCUUUAAUUACAGCUCUCUACUGUUUUGGAACCUGUUUAACAUUUCUCAUCAUAAUUGGAGAUCAAUUCGACCGGGCGUUUGAUUCUCUGAUUGGACCAGACUUCUGUAAAACAUGGUUUCUGAACAGGAAUUUUAUUAUGCCUGUAACCUCAGUUCUCCUGAUUCUACCUUUAUGUUUCACAAGUAAAAUUGAUUUCUUGAAGUAUGCAUCAGUAAUGGGAGUAUUCACUAUCUUAUACAUAGUCAUCAUCAUAAUAUCACAAUACUUCAGUGGAAACUAUAAACCUGGAGAGAUAAAGACAAAACCUGAUAAUAUUCUCGAUAUAUUUAAUGUGAUACCAGUCAUAUGUUUCGGAUACCAGUGCCAUGUGAGCGUAAUACCUAUUUACUCCUGCAUGAAACACAGAAACCUGAAACAUUUUACCAUAGCUUCCUCGACUGCCAUAACUGCGUGUGUGUUCGUGUAUACAGGCGCCGCUACAUUUGGAUAUUUAACUUUUGGAUCAAAUGUGAGCAAUGAUAUUCUAGAAAAUUAUUCAGCGUCCAAUCCUUGGGUCCUGAUAGCCCUUAUAUCCAUGGCGUUGAAGACCUACACUACCUAUCCUAUCCUUUUGUUUUGCGGAAGGGAGGCCAUCUCAACAAUAAUCAAAGAUCUGUUCGUAACUGAAGAAACUAGAACCAAAGAAAAGUUUAGAAGAUAUAUAAUUGCUAUUGUUUGGUUUGCUCUCUCCGUAGUUUUAGCUGCAAAAAUCCCUGAUAUUGGAUUUGUGAUAAACAUUAUUGGAUCUUUGGCGGCAGUUUUCAUUUUUAUUCUUCCAGGGAUCUGUCUUCUACAAUCCACCUUGAUGCUGGAUCCAGGCCUAGUGAAGCUAGAAGCUAAACUCAAGAUAGGUUUAGCAACUGUAUUUCUCAUCCUAGGGAGCUUUUUAUUUGGAGUUGUUCUUACUCAGGGAGUAGAACGAGAUAUGACUAGUUCUGGUAGCAAGAGUCUUCUUUGUGUUCCAUAAUUAGAUAAACAGAUAGAUAUACAGAUAUUUUCUCUUCUAAAGAUUAUAGACAGAUAGAUAGAUAUACAUCUAUUUUCUCUUCUAAAGAUUAUAAACAGAUAGAUAGAUAGAUAUACAGAUAUUUUGUGUUGCAUAAAUAGAUGAAUAGAUACAUAUAUAUAUAUAUAUUUUGUGUUCCAAGGAUAGACAACAGUGUUCCAUAAAUAGAUGAAUAGAUACAUAUAUAUAUAUUUUGUGUUCCAAGGAUAGACAACAGUGUUGCAUAAAUAGAUGAAUAGAUACAUAUAUAUAUAUUUUGUGUUCCAAGGAUAGACAACAGUGUUCCAUAAAUAGAUAUGUCUUUUUUGUUUUGUUUUAAAAGAUACAUAAAAUAAUUUUUUUUUGAUUCAUACAAAGUUAGAAGUUACACAAUUAUAUAUUUUUGAUAAAUAAAUUGUAAUUUAUUCUUUUAGCAUAAUUUUACCAAAGUGUCCUUUUGUAAUCAAAUUCAUUGUUUAACAUAUACACGCCAAACUGAUUAGAUUAAACUAACAAAUUUGCCAGAACUUUUCUACAUUGUUAGCAAUCAACUUGUUAGGUUGGUACAAUGAUAACCCUGAUUCUAACUUGAUUUCAUUGUUUUUUUCUCUCUCCUCAUCAUAUCUUAAUUCAGCUUCAAACCAGCAUUUUUUUAGAUUUGUACUAUUGCUCUUGUACUUUCUGAACCUUCUCUUAAUAAAUCUUUUAUAACUCUUA